GUCAGAGCAGAACCUGCAGAAGAAGAAGCUGGUGACGUCGCUCGGAGACUCUUCUUCUGGACUCUUCCUCCGAUGGAACCCGUCGCCUGUAGCUCCGCCCCCCCCAGGAUCUGACCGACUCGUCCCGCUGCCGCCGCCCGGCUCCGGCUCGUCUGCUCCGGGAGAGGUUCCAUCUACACAACCAGCGACAGGACGAUGGCAGCGAUUCCAGCCGGGGGUUCUCUGGUGGCAACAGCUGACUACUACCGAAGGCGCAUAGGCUCCACCUCCAGCAGCAGCUCGUGUGGCAGUUCGGAGUUCAGCGGCGAGGUCAUCCCUCACCACCCAGGACUUCCCAAGCAGGACUCUGGACACUGGUGGUCCAGCUUCUUCUUCGGGAAGCCCCCCGGGAUGACCCCUGUGACGGAGGAGGCUCAGCUGAAGGCGGGGGGGGCUCUGGGUGCGGUGACAAACGGUCAGAUCACCUGCGUUGCCAAGGAGAUGGUGAUGCAACGCCAGGUGAGUGAGAGCAGCGACGCAGGAAGCCCCGCCUCCUCCUGAUGCUGCCGCCUCACUCCGCCCCACACCUCGGGGGGGGGGGGGAUCGAACCAACGACCAGCGCUCGGUGACGGGAGACGGUCCCGUUAACAUUCAGUUUUUUAUUAUUAUUCGUUGUAGGACAGGCUGCCUUCAUGUUUUGUUUCCUUGUGUUUUUUAUUGACAACUUAAGAAAAAGAAAAAAUAUAAAAAAAGAAAAAGAUGAUGAUGAUGAAACUAAUGAGCUUGUUUUUUAACAUUUGUACUGUUGUGUGUUUGUAAUCCUGUUGUCAACACACAUGCUUUGUGAACUCUCCUCACUCUGUCACCUUGUGGUUGCAAACGCAUUAAAGUAGCCUCUGGCAGCCUAA